AUGUCGAUUCUUUUAUUCAUGGUCGAACAGAUAAAUUGGCUUUUGCUACUGAUCGUGAGCGGGGCCUGCGGGUUAGCUCUGUUUAUCUCCAAGUUUUACCUUGGGGAAAAUACUCAAUCAAAACCGUCUGCUUCCAAAACAGAGAGCAUUUCCAAGAAAGGAAAAUUCCACUCCGAUAUGAACGCACCACCUCCUGAACCGACACCGCUUUACAUUAAACCCGAGGAAGUGAGUAAUAGAGAUGAUCGUCCUUGGAGGCCAUUUAGAGUUCCAUACCAUCAGACCAUGUCUAUAUUUAAAUUGGAUAUCAACCACUGGUUGGAUAUGGAUAAGUAUUACGUUCAUUACAUUGAAGAAAAGAAGAGGGUUUUCCAUACAUAUGGCAAUGAGCAUAUUGGAUGGAAUCCUGAGUCAACGGAGGCUUGCAAUGAGUUGCUUGAUACAGUCAAAAAGCACCUGCUGAAAAGGUAUCCUCUUCUCUUCACCACUGAGGAUGAUGGUUUGCAUGUGAAGAAUGAACUUACUGGUGAGGUUCUUGACUUUACCGAACCUUUAAAGGAUCACCCCCUGGUCUAUGUCUCGAAAAUGGCAAAAGAAGAUUUUUAUAUUCUCCAAAAAGAUAGCGAUGGAGAGUACCGACUGGCCGCAGCAGCAGUUCCGUUUCCAGGUGGCUCCUUUAAAAUUAGCGAGAAGAUUGGCAAAACAGUGGAUGCGAUUCACGAUGUGGUUCCUUAUUACGCAGAAAAGCUGAGAACCUCCAUGUUGCGGUUUUUCGAUAAGAUGGCUCCUGCAGAUCCCGUCGAGAGAGCUUCUUUUUAUAUCUCCUGGGACCAUAGAUUACUUUUGAACAACAUAUAUGCUAUGAAAGAGGGUGAGAAGGUGGAUUCGAGCGUGCUACCAACAGAAUUCAAUGUUAGAGUUGAAAGACAGACAUUGCGGAGACUACCAAAAACCAAAGCUAUUAUUUUUACCAACCAUCCUAUUUUUUACUCGAUCGAUGAAAUGAAAGAUGAACCGCUUGUCCCAUCAUUGCUGCGCAAAAUUCUGGACGAGGCUCCGGAAAAAAUCAUGAAGUACAAGAACUUUGAUGCUUUCAGAGAGCAUCUCGUUCCGUACUUGGACGGUUUGAUUCAGAGACAAAAAGAUCUGGGCCUGAUCGAUGACGACACGCCGGUUAGGACUUUACCAACAUACCCGUUUGCUCAUUUCACCAAGGACUAUGACGAAAAGACUGGGUGGUCUAACCCCAAGUACCCUCACAAUUACUCAAACAAACUACAAGAUGAAAUUCAAGCUGCAAUACCUCUUGAGCAAUCAGCUUUUGGUACCCCUACCGCUGCAAGAGCUGCCAGAGCUGAUAAUCUUUUAGCAGCAUGA